UUCGCUUCCUCGAUUCCGCAAUGUACAAAAUGAGUCAGGAAAAGUGUGAAUCUAUUUUGAGAGGUUUCAAACUAAAUUGGAUGAACUUGCGCGAUGCUGAUUCUGGGAAAGUCUUAUGGCAAAGCACUGAUGAUUUUUCAGUUCCUGAUAUCGAACAUAAAGCAUACGUUCCGAAAAAAAUACUCAAAUGCAAAUCAGUUUCCCGUGAAAUAAACUUUUCUUCAGAAGAGCCGUUAGAAAACUUCUGGCUUGAACAAGAAGUGUUUCUUAGAGAUCAAUCAAUUGAAAACUGGAAUUUUGAAUUUGGUUUCGUAAUACCUGGUUCUACAAAUACAUGGCAGUCGCUCAUUCAAUCCGACUCAGCGGAUCGCAUGAUUCCAGCUAAAGUAUUAAGUGGUAAUGUUGUUAUUGUAACACAUUUCUAUGAUGGUGACCUAUUAGUUAGCAAAUCUAAAGUGCGAAUAUUUUACGUUUAAUUGAAAGCGAAUACAUUACAAAUAAUCCUUAAACAAAUUAGAAUUUCAGGUGUAAACAAUUGCUUAUCAUGGUGAUAUUGGGCUUGAAAAACCAAUAAGAGAAUUUUUCUCAAGAUAUUUCUUUAGUCUAUUUACAUUACCAUUCGUCUUGUGUACUUAUAGAUGUUUUCUAUUUCUAAUUAUUCCUGUUAAUGUUACUAAAGCAUAACUUUAUUCUGUUCUUACUGUUCCUUAAACAACUUUCUUCAUUUUUUUUGUAUUUAUUAUUUACUUUCCCCUAGCGCCUAUUUACUACAAUUUUUUGCCAAGAUCAAGCUUUCAUACUUUUUUACAUGUGAUAGCGUUCAUAAAUAGCAGAAAUAAUGAUGUAAUUAAAACAGUCUUUAAGUAUUAAAACAUAUCACUGCAAAUCUGUAAUUAUUUAGAGUAACAAGAUCUGAAAAGAAAACUAGUAAUCGUUAUCAACAAGGAUUUGUCUUAUUUUUAUCAGGAUCGGUUAUUGCUUUUUCUUCUUCAAAACAUGUGAAACUAAUGAAUUUUUGCAUAUCAUUACCAUUAUAUUAACUUAACACUGACUAUGGUGUGAUCCUAUUUAGGUAGAUUAGGCUUACAUCCUGAUUUGAAAUAUAACACAAUCAUCGUCUUCUGAACUCGGGGACGAUAUCAAGCCCCCAUAGGCAUUCGGAAUAGAUCAAGU